AACAGUUAAUCUAACGCAACACAUUUUCUUCAAAGAGAGAGGAGGCAUCGAGAGGGCAAAAGCACUAAAGAGGUCUCUCUUAUCUCGCCGCCGCCGUCGUCAAAUCUCGCCGGAGAUCUGCAUCAAUCCGCCGCCGUUUUCCAAUCCGCCGAAGUCUUGCUCCGUUUCGCGGCGCCAAACCUUCGAUUAGGGUUUCCGAUUUCGAAAUCGAAGAAGAAGAAGAAUAUCAAUUGGGGGGGGGGGGUUUGCGAUUUGGGAGAUGCCGAGGAGCACGAGGCACAAAUCGAGCAAGCACAAGGACGCGAGAGACCACUCCGAUUCGGAGAAGGAGGAGAAGAAGAGCAGCAGCAGCGCGAUUAGGGUUUCUGGGGAGAAGCGAGGGAAGGAGUAUUACGAUAAUGGAGAGUACUAUGAGGAGUACACGUCAUCUUCUUCGAAGAGGAGGAGAGGGAAGGGAGGGGAGAGUGGGAAGGAGGAUGAGAGAGGGGAGAGCUCGAAGAAGAGCAAGGUGUCUAGUGAGAAGAGUAGUAGUAGGAGGAGGGAUGAAGGGGAUGGGGAGGAGGUGAGGAAGAGUAGCAGUGGGAAGCAUAGGGAGUCUAGUAGGAGGGAGAGCAAGGACGUUGAUAAGGAUAAUAAGAAGUCUAAGGAGAGUAGAAGUGAUAAGCUUUAUGAUGCGGAUGAUCACCAUAGAUCCAAGGGCCUCUCUGAUAAAACUGAGUCGAAAGCUGAGGAUCAGCAAAGGAGUCUAGGCACUGAAAAUCAUACUGAGAAGCGAUCAAGGCGUAAGAGGGAUGAUCAUGGAGUUGGAGACAAGAAUCAAGAUAACAGUGAUGAUGACUACAUUAAAGACGGAAAACACAGAGGAGAGAAGUCCGGAGACAAAUAUCUGGAAGACAAGGAAGAAGACGUCAAACAGAUAAGUGAAAAGCAGAGAGAAGACCGACCUACUAAAGAGCAUCAUAGGGCUGAUGCAAAGCUCCUCCCAGACGAAAGUAAAAGGAAGUCCAAAGUACAGGAUGCUGACCAUGGUCAUGAGCCUGACAGUGAACUUGAUGGAUAUAACGAGCGUGAACGGGACCGCGAACGUGGUCGGGAUCGUGAUCGUGACCGUGACUAUGAGCGAGACAGGGAGCGUGAUAGGGAUAGGGAACGUGAUCGAGAUCGUCGGGAUUAUGAGCAUGAUCGUUACUAUGGAAGGGAUUGGGACCGUGAUAGGAGUAGAGAUCGUGACAGGGAUCAUGAUAGGGAUAGGACUCAUGAGAGAGAGAAAGACCGUAGUAGCCGUGACUAUUAUCAUGAAGGGAGACGAAGUAAAAGUGACCGGGAAAGGGAUAGUGAUCGUGACGCGUCGCGUCUAGAUGAUCAAAGUGGUCGGUAUAGAGAGAGAAGAGAAGGGAGGAAGUCUCCGGAUUAUCAGGAGGUCGUAAUGGACACUAGAAGUAGCCGAGCAGGGCCUGAUGGUGAUGUGAUCAAAUCAGAGCGUCAACCUUCCAGUUCGGUUGUUCAAGAAGAGAAUGGGAAUAUCUCAGAUCAGACAACAAAAUGGGUCUCCUCCAGGGAGGCGGCUGAGCUGUCUGGAGGAUCAGACAGAGGUACAAGACAGAAAGCGUCUGAGAAGACACCAAAGACGGAAGAUGGUGUUUUGGGCGAGUUUCAUGGUUCGGCAAAAGCUUCUCCCCGCCCCAUGGUUGAAAGAUCUCCUUCUUCGACAAGCCUUGACCGGAGAUUCAAUAAUAAUCAGAGUAGUGCAAGAUGGAGCAAUGAGGUUGAAGAAACCGGCCUUAGGAACAACGCGAGAGAUUUUUCAGCACCUGAGGACGAAAGGCUUCGGGCAGACGACACAUCCCAGGGAGACAUAUCCUUUAACAAUAAAGCCAACCAGAACAAUUCUUCUUUUCCUCCACGACCUGAAUCCAGGAGUGGCAUGAGUAGUCCUAGAGUGGGCCUUCGAGAAGACGACAACAGGGCCAACACCGGUGGGCGUUAUAGGAGAGGCGUUGAUGGGAUGAUGGGAAGAGGGCAAACACAGAGUAAUAAUGCUUGGAGAGGUGUCCCAAGCUGGCCAGCUCCACUUCCGAAUGGGUUCAUACCAUUCCAACACGUUCAACCUCAUGGUUUCCAGGCUAUGAUGCCGCAAUACCCAUCUCCAUCUAUCUUUGGAGUCAGGCCUUCAAUGGAGAUGAACCAUUCUGGUAUCCCUUACCAUAUACCUGACGCUGAGAGGUUUUCCGGUCACAUGCGUCCUCUCGGGUGGCAGAACAUGAUGGAUAACUCGGGUGCUUCUUCUCACAUGCAUGGCUAUUUUGGGGAUAUGAGCAAUAGUGCUUUCAGGGAUGAAUCAAACAUGUAUGGAGGAUCUGAGUGGGACCAUAACAGGCGGAUGCAGAGCCGUGGCUGGGAGUCUGGUGGAGAUGAAUGGAAAAAUCGAAAUGGAGAUGCCAGCAUGGAAGUCUCGUCAAGAUCUGCUAAAGAUGAUAACUCGGCUCAGGUUGCUGAUGGUGAGUCCCCCGGUGGCCAAACAAGCCACUCUGAAAAUAACAGGGGGAAAAGCGUUGAAGCUGGGUCUAAUCUAACGUCUCCUGCGAAAGAAAUGGAUGCGAGGUCUCCUAAAAUUAAGGUGGAAGUUGCAGCUGAAGAUCAUGUUGCAGAAACUACUGAUAAGAGAAGUGAACGUUUUUGCCGGCAUUAUCUCUCAAAGCUUGAUAUGUCGGUAGAACUUGCUGAUCCUGAGCUGCGUAAAUGCAUCAGCGUAUUGAUGGGUGAAGAACAUCAACCAAUUGAUGAUGGAGCUGCUGUGUUUGUAAAUCUCAAGGAAGGUGGGAAGAGAGUGCCAAAAGGCAACAGUACUUCUUCCUUGGCGACUCUUUCAUUGUUUCCUUCUCAAAACAGUUCAUUGUUUCAGAUAGCGAUGGAACUCUACAAGGAGCAAAGAGUUGAAAUGAAGGGUCUUUUAAAUGUUGAGAUUCACAGGCCUUCUCAAGCCUCUCCUUCAAGCUUGGUUAAAGUCGAUGUGUCAGAUUCAGACACAUCCCAAAAGGAAAAUCAGGAAGAAUCCUUACCUGUUGAUGCUGGAUUGGAGAUGGGAACACAAGUUGAAAGAUCUUCAUCUCCCAUCCCAGACAAGUCACCGGAGGCUGUGGCCUCUGAUCAUAUUGAAGAUUGUGAGGAAGAUGGAAAGCCAGAUGAUGGAGCCGCUGUGGACCAAACAAUGGACACGGCUCCUGAACAUGAUGCUGUUACAGAAGGAGAUCCUGUUACCUUGACCGUAGCUUCACCAGAAGCUCUGGAGGCUAUGGAGGUUGAAGAGGGGAAGGUGUUGUGUGAAGACAAGGAAAUGGAAGAAGCAGAAGAAGAGAAGGAAGUUGAAGCUGUUGAAGGUAAUGGAGAUGUAUCUCCAAAGGUAAAGGAAUCAUUAGUUAAUGAAACUGACGAGUCAGUAAUAAGUCAGAUACCUGAUGCUACUACUCAAAGUACACAUUAAAAGACAUUUCUAUUUUGCAUCUCCUUUCUGUUUUGUUUUUGCUUUUCAUUUUCAAUGCCUUAUUAAAAAAACAUUGCUUAAUUUUGUUCUGUUA